AUGCUGAGCCACGAGCUGGGUCAGCGUCUGCGGGAGCCCUGCGUCUGGAACUUCGGUCCUCUCCCGGGGCUCCUGGCCAGCGCCCCCGGGCCAUCUCCUGGCCUGGACGCGCUCCGGCCUGCCUAUGGACAUGAAAGUGUGUGGGACUGCAAACUCACGAAGGGCUGGUUUUGGGGUUAUGAAGAAACCAGGGGCCUCAAUGUCUCCUGUCUAUCGGUCCAGGGUUCGGCCUCCGUCAUAGCGCCUGUGCUUCUGAAAAACACUUCUGCUCGAUCUGUGAUGCUGGACCGAGCGGAAAACCUGCUUCACGACCACUACGGGGGGAAGGAGUACUGGGACACGCGGCGGAGCAUGGUGUUCGCCAGGCACCUGCGGGCGGUGGGGGACGAGUUCAGGAGCAAGCACCUCAACUCCACAGACGCCUCGGACCGCAUCCCGUUCCAGGAGGACUGGGUGCAGAUGAAGGUCAGGCUGGGCUCCUCGCUGGGGGGCCCAUACCUGGGCGUCCACCUGAGGAGGAAGGACUUCAUCUGGGGACACAGGGAGGAUGUGCCCAGCCUGGAGGGGGCCGUGAGGAAGAUCCGGAGCCUCAUGCAAACACACGGACUGGACAGGGUGUUUGUGGCCACCGAUGCCAUCAGGAAGGAGCAGGAAGAGCUGAAGAAGCUGCUUCCAGAAAUGGUGCGGUUUGAGCCCACCUGGGAGGAGCUGGAGCUGCACAAGGACGGCGGCGUGGCCAUCAUCGACCAGUGGAUCUGCGCCCACGCCAGGUUUUUUAUCGGCACCUCCGUCUCCACGUUUUCUUUUCGGAUUCACGAGGAGAGAGAAAUCCUGGGGUUGGACCCCAAAACAACAUACAACCGAUUUUGUGGAGACCAAGAAAAAGCCUGUGAACAGCCCACCCACUGGAAGAUUGUGUACUGAGCCGCCGACACGUCUGCACUGCGGGCCUUGCCGGCCCGGGGGCCCGUCUGGGGCCACCCGUGGCGUGUCCCGGGCCGAGGCCACCUCCCUCAGGCCUGCGUAGCGCCCCUCGAGUGGAGGCUCAGGCCCAGGCCUGGAUGUGGGGAGUGGCCGUGAGGAGCCGCAGCCAGGGCCCGCGGAUGGCGACCACAGCGGGAGGCCCCAAGGUGCUGGGGUGACCGCCUGCCGCCUCCUGCCCGGCGCCGCAGGGCUGAGCCCUCUGCUCUGCAGUCCGGGGACGCCACCACAGGCCUGUGGCGACGGGCUCUGUUCAGGUGGGGAAGGCCUGUAGGCCCAGCUGGUGGUUUCCUGUGACCCCCGAUGGACCCUGGGCCUCUGCGUGGAUCGAGUGCCACUGAAA